AUGUCUAUUUUGCAUUUUCAUCUUGGUUAUUGCCUUGUGGCAUCUACCUCUACACCCAGAGGCAGAUCGACCGCAUUUGAUGAUUGGACUCACAAGACACAGUGGGCUCACUUAUGCAAACUUGUGGGCAACGACCCUGCAUAUAUCACAUCAAUUCCAGAUGUACAGAAGCAUAUCAUCACCUGUUUUAUAGGUUACCUCGUCACCCUCCCUCUAUCUCAGUUGUCAGACAUCCUGCCCAAUCUCUGGGAUCUAGGACCUGACUCAUCCCUGUCAGUCUCGAACGCAAAUAUUCGAGUUUCCUAUGUACAACAACCCAAGCAGCGGCUUUACAUCAUCAAGCUGCUGUUGUCAACUCUGCAUGACUGGGGUUUGGAUAUCACCAACAUCACCUGUAACCUCCUUGAAAAAGGAAUUGCUAUAAAGACGUUGCAGCCAAUCUCAGUUGCACCUCACACUCGGCGCCCACUUAUGGAACUCCGUACAUACUCGCUUGGACACGUCCUCUCCCCAAAGGAUCGCAGGCUUCCCCAUUUCAGGCCUGUUUAUGCUGACUAUAUUAUCCUCACGCAAGAGCAGCACUUCUUCACAGUGGGCUCAUAUGGUGGCUGGCUUUACAGUCUUGGUUUUGAUAUCCUCCCCUCCACUCUUGACGGCAUUUCACGAGAAGCAGUGCCAUUUGGCCUCACGCUGGACAUCAAUGGCCAGGCUUAUUUUGACGAUGAGCUGUCAGAAGGAGGUGGAUUUUAUCUGUGGGACGCAUCAUGUGCAUACCAGUAA